AAGUGUUCUUCACUGGCAAGUCAUUCACACAUUUACACGCUGGGUCUGCUGCUUUCUUACUGUGCUGCCAUCUUCUCUCAUGUUCAAGCAGCAACAGUGAACUGCAAGACAAAGGACAUUUCCUCAAAUUAUGAGCACUGUGCCAUUCAACCAGGUGGAGUUCAUGAUUUAGUUUGUUUUGGUCACUUUAAAUCACUCGGCUAUAAAACCUGUGUUUGGAAACCUGGAAACCCUUCAUCAGAAAACACAUACACCCUCAUCAUACGACAAAACCAAAAAUUAUGCAACGCUCACCUCGACAUCACAGACUUAGAUAAAAAGAUCAAAUUAUUUGAAAAAUACAACAUGACUGUGGAGGUUUUUGAAAACAGCGAGUCAACAAACUGCACAAAAGCAGUUUUCAGCGCCUCACCAAGGAGCAUAUUGCGAUGUGAUCCUCCAUAUAACGCAUCAUUCAGCCGUUAUUCUGGACGGCUGGCUGUAGAUGUGAGCUGGGGACUCAAGGACAAGAGUGGUAUAAUGUAUUACUCUGUUAGAUAUAAACCACGAAGCAGCCUGCUAUGGAACCAGCAGGUUGAGCAAUGCAAAAAUGGCGUAAACUGUGAGUUAGAGAGCCUGACAUCUUCACUGGACUAUAACGUACAGAUACGAUGUGUCACUAAUCAGAAAUGCUCACAGUGUGUGUGGAGUGACAUCUACACAGUCCCAGCAGAGCUCACAACUGGGCCGAUCAUUCUAAACCUUAAUGAUACAGAUGUUCCCAACAGAAAAGGACAACGGCAGCUUUCUUUACAAUGGAUGUUCCCUGCUAACGAGACGUAUGAUGGCUACCACGUGACGAUUCAGAAAGCAUCUGGAGAGGAACCACGUGAGCGGCUAACUGUCUUUCAACCUCAGAUCAGACUGAUCCUCUCCUAUUCAGAGUAUAAUAUCAAUGUCAGCACUUUCAACAAUAUCAGCAUCUCUCCUGCUGUGAGCCAGACGAUACCCCAACGAGAAGACGAACCCAGUAUGGAUGAUCUGAAGCUGAAUGUGACAGUCCACAGUAAUACAUCUUUAACGAUCUAUUGGAAAGACAACCUCAUUAGAGAGUAUGUCUGCUACUCUGUGGAGUGGAUGAGAAAAGGACAUAAACCGUCGCACAUGUCCUUCUAUCGGAAUGAAGACAACCACAGGACCAUAACAACUUUACCAGAGCCUUUGGAGCCCUGUAAGAGAUACAGCAUCACUCUGCAUACGCGUCCAAACAAAGACACCUGUAACAUGAAGCAUAUCAACAACAGUGAGAGCACCUAUGGGAGAACACAGUUCUACUUCAAGGAAGGAACUCCCAUCAAAGCUCCCACAAACAUCAGCAGCUACAACGUCACCCUUCAUUCAGCGGUGCUUCAGUGGUCACCCAUCCCAGAGGAGGACAUCAGAGGAUUUCUGCUGGGUUACAUCAUCUGCUACACCGAGUACCAGUACACGGGGCCGAGAGUGGAGAGAAAUAUAACGGUGGAUCCAGACCUGAACACAUAUGAACUGGAGGAUCUGCAAAGUGGUACUGCAUAUAAAGUCCAAGUCUCUGGUUUCACCAAGGCAGGAGAGGGAGUCCUGAGCUCUGAAAUCCUCUUCAAAACAAACAAUGACAUAGAAUAUUUUCAUCUCGGCAGUGUGAUCGCUGUGUUUGCUGUUUUGGUCAUUGUCCUGAUGUUUGGAUCUCAGGUCAUAAAAAGGGUAAAACAGCUUCUGUGGCCAAGCAUCCCCAACCCUAGAAAAAGCAGUGCAGUGAAGGAAAUAGGACCACGUGAACUAGAACUACUUGAAUCAAUAAGCACUCUGAAAGUGGAAGAAUGGGAUACCAACAGCUUCCAAAUAGUUAAAAAAGAAGACGUGAUGCCCACACCCACAUUAGCUUCAGCAUUACCUCUUCUACAUGCCUUGGAGGACGAUGACAACCAACGAGAAAGGAGCUGUGACUGGAUUUCAAGUGACACAGAGGAGGAAACUGAAGAUACUGGACCUGAUCUCACUACUCAGACAAUCUCGGACAUCCCAAGGACAGAUCUCCAGAGCUCUACUUUUGCCUUUCAAUCAGGCUAUACAACAAUGGAGAUGUUCCAGCAGGUUAUGCCUCAAGAAGUUCCAGUGACUGCUCUAGUCACUCAAACCAUGGGAAGAGAGACAGAGGAGAAAGACUUGUCCAUGGUGAAAUCAAGGUUGGACUAUACGAGGCAAUUUAGUACCGAUACCACCUCGGAGAAUCAGGGAAUGACCAGAGUUUUAUAAAACAGUUUGGACUGCUGGGCAUGAUCAGGAACCAAGGACCAGCGGACCUUGUGACCAUGAAUUCUUAAAUCUAAUAGGUUCUGUUUUUACAGCAUGGUAUGGCUUGGCUUGACUUCAAUCAGCUUCCAUGGAAGGUGUACACUUGGCAAAAGUUCUUAGUAUCACCGCUUAUCUGACAACCAUUUUGGUGUCAUCUUGUUGGAGGUUUACAAAAAGCCAUGUGACUGAUUCGAGAAAGUUGCCAAUUGAAUAGUCACAUGCCAUGAUAAAGGACGUCCUUCAAACACCCUGAAUCUGUUGAAAGUACCUUUUUGGCACCAAGGACUGUAUAAAACAUGAAUGUAGUCUCAGUGACAUCACCCAUUGGUUUCUGAAGUGGUGUCCUGAAGCUCAACGAUAGCAGUCGCCAUAUUGUAAAUGUGUGUGUGAACUUACAAUCAACCCAGACAGACAUAGAGACGGGCCUUAAGCUCCUGGCUAAACCUUUCCAAACUGUCACCACAACCACCCAACCCUUCAAUACAUAAGUGUAUGCACAACCCUGAGCCUUAAUAUGAAGUCAAACAAAAUGAAUGACUUAUGGAAUAUUCAUCCUCUAUGUCCUAUAUAGAAAAUAAUGAGCUUUAGAGACUUAAGACAUUUUUAUAGCACUUGUAAACACACCCUGCUGUAAAAAUGGACUAUUUGAAAUUGGUUCUUAUGGGGACACUACAGAAAUGGCAACUUCUCAACUCUUGAAGUUGCUGCUUGGUUUGCACCACUUGCUGGCUUUCUAAUGGCCAGUUACAGAAAAUGUAAGUAUUGUUGGUGUGCACAUGGAAAACUACCUGGUUCAAAGAGCUUUGUGGACAUUAACAGUGAUGACCUUUCUUCUUACCAAGUGUCUCAGUAGACAUUUUCCUUGUAUUUUUUGUUUUCUUUUUUUUAGGACUCAUUUGCUAGUUUUGAGUCUUUCUAUCUUUUGAGUAGGUCAUUUCAAGCAAAAGCGAAAAUCAAGAGUUGCUGGCAAUACCUCAGUAAAGUCAAUUAACCCAUCUCCCUCACACACAUAGUUCCACACUUUAUAUGCAAACACAUCAGCCUGAUCUGUACAAAAAUAUGCAAAUGCGUAGAGGUGCAAAUGCAUGCACAAAUCCAAAAAUGUGUGUGCAGAUCUGCAAA